CAAAAUAUUAUAAAACAGCUGUUUUUUUGUUUGAAGUGGAAAUAUUUUUAAUCUUAAUUUUUGAAAUGUAUAUACGUAUAACUAAGUAAAGUUUUAUUUGCUAGAUAAUUAUUUCUCAUAUACUUCUCAGGUUUAAACUAGUUAAAUUAUUUAGUUUUUUUUUUGGGUAUUUUUCUAUGUUUUAUGGGUGCGCUUAAUUCACGCAGAAUGAUUAUGAUGAUAGAUGAUGACGAAGAUUCCAGCUCAAGAAUUGAAGAUACCUCAGAUGAGUUAGGCACCGAUUCCGAUUCUGAAUCGAACACUAACAAUUUUGUUGAAAUGCUCCAUAACCUUAUAAGCAGACGUUCUAGUGGUCAGCUACUUCUUCAGGGCGGUGAUGCAGAGUAUUUACCUACCCGACCCAUGCCAAAAAUCAAGUAUCAGCUUGAUACAUCUCUUUUAGAUAAAAGCGAAUUUUCGCUGCUGACGAAACAGGCCUGCGCAUUGGUAGAUUCGAAAGGCAGUUUGUCCACAGGUACCAACGUGGCAGCUAUGAUCGCAAAAAGACAAUCAGGGUUGUUUAGUCACGGAUCGUUCAGUUCUGGAUCCAUGUGCAAUAUCAGAAACCAAUACCUUCCGAACGAAAUGGUGUGGGUGCUGGAGGGCAGUACCGGCAAAGUUUUUUGUGGGAUAUUCACUAAAGACGGCAACUCUUUCCUAACCGCCUCCCAAGAUCGUUACAUAAGACUUUACAACUCUGAAAAUACCUCCUAUAAAAUGUAUAAAAGGAUAAGGGCUAGAGAUGUCGGUUGGAGUAUAAUCGACGUUGCCUUUAGCCCCGAUAGUGAAUCCUUUGUAUAUUCAACUUGGUCUUCUUCUCUUCACAUUUGCCCCACUUACGGCAGUUCAGAAAAUCAAGAUCCCGUCCAACUUUCAAACACCAGCAGAAGGUUUUGCGUGUUUUCAGUUGUGUUCUCAUCCGACAGUCGGGAACUUCUAUGCGGUGCCAACGAUGGGUGCUUAUAUGUCUAUGAUAGAGUCAGAAAUGCAAGAAAGUUAAAGAUAACAGCCCACGAGUAUGACGUCAAUCGAGUUCUUUUCGCGGACAAUUCCUCCCAAAUUAUCUAUAGUGGCGGAGACGAUGGUUUGGUAAAAGUUUGGGAUCGCCGCACUAUGGACGAAAGUAGAAACGUCAAACCAGUCGGCGUACUAGCAGGUCAUAUGGACGGUAUUACUUAUAUAGAUUCGAGGGGCGACGGUAGACAUCUUAUAAGCAACAGUAAAGAUCAGAGUAUCAAGUUGUGGGACGUGAGGCGAUUUUCCGACGACAAGGCGGCGAAGGAAACGCUCAAGGCCGCUCACAGUCAGACGUGGGACUACAGGUGGCAAGGCGUGCCCAAAGAAUUAUAUGCAGAUAAUAAACUUUCUGGUGAUACUUCUAUUAUGACGUAUCGAGGUCACGUAGUUGUAAAAACGCUAGUCAGAUGCCGUUUUUCGCCUAAAGAAACCACCGGCCAGCGGUACAUUUAUACAGGGUGCGGCAGCGGCAGGAUCGUCAUAUAUGAUGCCCUGACCGGAAAAAUAAUCAAGCACAAAAAAAAUCACAUGGCAUGUGUCCGAGACGUUUCCUGGCAUCCCACCAGAAACGAGAUAUUAAGUUCUUCCUGGGAUGGCAUAGUUGGCAAAUGGGAAUACUUCAGACCAAACUCAUCAGACGAUGACCAGGCCGAAAAUAAAAAACUACUCAAACGUCGGGCGGUUCGAAGAAGUCCAAGGUUGGCAGCGCGAAGAAGACGAAGAGAAGAAAGUAGAAGUACGAGUGAUAACUGAACCAGGGCCACGAU